UCGACUAGAAAUACACCAGCGCCAGCCCGCACAGAUCAGGCGGCUUCUCUGUUCUGCUCUCCAAAAAAACCCACCCUUUCACCACUUCGGAAGCUGGUUCCUUUGCGAUGGGGGCCUUCGUCGACGGUAACCACGUCUGGCUGCGCAACGUCGGCCGUGACCUGUACCUCCACGCCGACGCCGACGGGCUGGGAGUGUCCGUCCACUCGCGCCGCGCGUGGAGCGUGCAUCUCUCCGGGGAUCACGUCCUCCUCCACUCCGCCGCCUACGGCCGCUACCUGGGCGUGUCCGGACAGGCGCCGCGCGGCCAUCUUGGCCGUGCCGCGACGCAGCUGGACUUCGUGGUCCGGGGUCUCCAGUCCAUCGCGUGGGAGUCCAUCGCCGCCGACGAGGGGUCCACUGAUGCUGCCGUCAUCCUCCGCAACGCUACCGGCGGCUACCUCCGUGCCAACGGCAGGAUCCGCCGCUGGAACACCGCCGUCAGCGUCAGCGACGCCCCUGCUCCUGGUGAUUUAAGCAAUAUGUCGUUCUGGGUGGCGGAGACCAUCCCUCCUCUGCCGGUCCGAAUGGACAUCCCUCUUCCAGUUGAGGCGCAGCAUCCGCUCCACCCGCUUUCCCAGGUCGGCCCCUUGCGCCAAGUCUUCUACGUGCAGGCCGCUGCUGAUGGGUCUGUGGACGAGGAUGCGUGGGAAAUGUUCGAGGUAGCCAUGUCCCAGUCCUUGGACAAUCUGACGGUGGAGCUACAAAACAGGCUGGGUCUUAACGUGUACUUCACACUCAUGCUGUGUAUCCGCUCGGGCCGCUACGGGCGCUUAGUCCCCUUGGUGGUCGAUCUUCCUAGGAACAACUACCCACUGCACAUCGUUCUUCUCACUCACGGCUCACCAGCGGAGACGGCACUGCGAUACCCGAACCUUGAUGCCUAGAGAUCGAUUCUCCAAGUUCAGAGCACUGCUAUGAUCACACCACUGUUGUGGAAGUCUACAGGAUCUAGGGAACUGAGCAAAUCAAUCUAGUCUGUCUGUGUUCAAUCAGCUCUCAUUGCACUUGUUUGUUUGAGUCUGAGUCUUAAUAUUCUGUCGGUAUCUUUUUCGUGUGUCAGUGCAAUGCUAUUUUUAGGUUUGUAUCAAGUCUUUUGAGACUAUUAAGUCGUGGACCAGAUCAGUAAGCGCAAACUUAUAACGUAUGUUUGAGUUUGUAUCGAACCUUUUAAGAUUAUCAAGUGUUGUCUAUCAUUGGCGAAAACCUCUUGCUGCGGCUCCACUGUUGCAGUGAUUGUAACCAGCUACUGCAGGAUGAUGAACCUUGGCUCUUUAUGAUCUUGGAUGCCAUAUCUGAGAAAUCUCUGUUCACGUUGAGUUGAAUCAUUUAUGAUUCCCCUGCAAAAAAAAAAGAGAAUCAUUUAUGAUUUUCUUUCAUUGCUUGUAUGCCAUUGAGAGAACUUGGGAUGUUUUUUCUCUUGUUUUCCAUGAAUCUCUCAUUGCUGUUGGCAUACCUGGAUAACAGUUGGCCUACUCUCUGUUUUAUUUUUUAUACCUUUGUUGAAUAUAUAUAGGAUUUGGUAUUGCUUUGAUCUAUUGUGUUAUACUGUCAAUUUUAACUUGUUCUCUUCCCGCAAAAAAAAAAUGAACUUCUUCUCAUUGAAUACCUAGCAGUUUAAUGACAUGCCUGUAAUUAUAUUAUGUACCUUAGCUCGGUCACGGAGCUCAAUAUUGGCUAGAGGCAUGUUUUUGUGAUUGAGAUGUUCAUACUUAUAAUUUUUGUACUGUAAAUGCUGCUAUUUUUUAGAUAAAUUAGGUCAAACUCUAUGUAGUUUGACUUCAAACAACAGAUAAAUCAUGAUGGAGAAGUUAAUCGGGCUCGAUAUAUGCCCCAAAAAUAAAACUCUCGACGCAUACCAGAUUUUUAAGUUUCAUGAUGGCGUCGUUGAAGAUGUUGCUUGGCAUUUGAGGCAUGAAUACUUAUUCGGCUCAGUUGGUGAUGAUCAUCAUCUCCUAAUUUGUGAUAUGCGUACUCCUGCACCGACCAAGCCUGUACAGUCUGUGGUGGCAAACCAGGGUGAGGUGAAUUGCCUGGCUUUCAAUCCUUUCAAUGAAUGGGUUGUUGCAACUGGUUCAACCAACAAGACUGUCAAAUUAUUUGAUCUUCGGAAGAUUGAUACUUCGCUGCACACUUUUGACUGUCACAAGUAUGCUUCAGUUUUACCAUCACUUUUCUGUUCAUCCAUCCUAUAUUUAGCUUAGAAGGAAAUGAGUAUAUGUUUGUGUUAUUCAUCGUAUGUUUGUUAUUAUCGGUCUUGAAUCUGAAUUUGAUUGUGUAAUCAGAGAGGAAGUAUUUCAAGUUGGAUGGAGCCCAAAGAAUGAAACUAUACUUGCAUCUUGUUGUCUGGGAAGGAGGCUGAUGGUUUGGGAUCUAAGCAGAAUUGAUCAGGAGCAAACACCAGAGGACGCGGAGGAUGGCCCUCCUGAGCUCUUGUUCAUUCAUGGAGGCCACACAAGCAAAAUCUCUGACUUCUCCUGGAACCCGUGUGAGGACUGGGUGCUUGCAAGCGUUGCUGAAGACAACAUCCUUCAGAUAUGGCAGAUGGCAGAGAACAUCUACCAUGAUGAGGAUGAUCUUCCCAGCGAUGAGCCGGCAAAGGCUUCAUGAAACCCUUAAUGGUAGGACACCGGAAUGGAGGCAAGAUAAUACCUUAGCUUUGUCGAUUUUAGGUAACCCUCUGUGAUUGGACAUGUUGUCUUGGUUGGAUUUGUAUGUGCGUCGUACUUGGCACUUCCAGCAUAGUACAUACCAAUUAGACUACCUGUCGGUUGUAGUUGAUGCAUUUACCUGUUUCACCA